AGCUGGCGAUUUUUGUGCGAGAGACAGAGAGAAAGAGAGAAAGAGAGACACAGACGGAGAGAGAAAGAGAAAGAGAGAGAGAGAGAGAGAGAGAGAGAGAGAGAGAAUGUUCAGCGGACGUGGAGCCAAAAAUCCACAUGAGCUGUAUUAUCUGCAGAUGCAGCACACAGAGGAGAAGAUGGAGCGUGAAGAGAACAAAGGGAAUGAUGUCCUCAGGCACAGGCUGAAGGUGUGUGUGGCCACCUGUAACAGAGCAGAUUACUCCAAACUUGCUCCCAUCAUGUUUGGCCUCAAAGCUCAUUCUGACCUGUUUGAGCUCGAGGUCGUCGUCCUGGGCUCACAUCUCAUCGACGAUUACGGUAAUACGUACCGUAUGAUUGAGCAGGAUGACUUCAACAUCAGCUCCAGCCUCCACACUAUUGUUCGUGGUGAGGAUGAAGCAGCCAUGGUGGAGUCUCUCGGCUUGGCACUCGUCAAGCUCCCGGACGUCCUUCAGCGCCUGGCACCUGAUGUACUGAUUGUCCAUGGCGACCGGUUCGAUGCCCUCGCUGUGGCGACGGCGGCAGCACUGAUGAACAUCCGCAUCUUGCACGUGGAAGGCGGAGAAGUGAGCGGCACCAUCGACGACUCUAUCCGCCAUGCCAUCACCAAACUGUCACACUACCAUGCUGUGUGCACACGUGCUGCACAGAGACACCUGCUCGCCAUGUGUGAGGACCACAACCGCAUCCUACUGGCCGGCUGCCCAUCAUAUGACCGCCUGCUCAACGCAUGGCGCCGUGACGACUAUGAAGACAUCAUUAAAGCCUGGCUCGGUGACGGUGUGAAGGAGUCAGACUACAUCGUAGCUCUCCAGCAUCCUGUAACUACAGAUAUCAAAAACUCCAUAAAGAUCUAUGACCUCAUGCUGGACGCUCUCAUUUCCUUCAACAAAAAAACACUCAUCCUGUUUCCCAACGUCGACGCUGGCAGUAAGGAGAUGGUGCGUGUGAUGAGGAAGAAGGGAAUCGAGCAGCACCCAAACUUCCGUGCUGUUAAACACGUUCCCUUUAACCAGUUUAUCCAGUUAGUGGCCCAUGCAGGCUGCAUGGUGGGGAACAGCAGCUGUGGUGUGCGUGAGGCCGGGGCCUUCGGGACGCCUGUCGUCAAUCUGGGCACACGCCAAACUGGCAGAGAAACAGGUGAGAACGUUCUCCACGUGCGUGAUGCUGACACACAGAAUAAGAUCUACCACGCCCUGGAGCUUCAGUUUGGGAAGCGAUACCCCUGCUCUAAGAUCUACGGAGACGGGAACGCAGUGCCACGGAUCCUGAAGUUCCUGCAGUCUAUCGAUCUGUCAGAGCCGGUGCAGAAGACCUUCAGUUUCCCUCCGUUGCGUGAGGACAGUGUGUCCCAGGACAUCGACCACAUCCUGGAGACACAGAGCGCGCUGGGCAUCGACCUCGGGGGCACUAACCUGCGUGUGGCCAUCGUCACCAUGACGGGGGAGAUCAUGAGGAAGUACACUCAGCCCAACCCUAAGACCUACGAGGAGAGGAUGGAGCUCAUACUGAGCAUGUGCAAACAGGCCAUGGCCGACGCCAUCAGUCUCAACUGCAGAAUACUGGGAGUUGGGGUUAGUACUGGAGGCAGGGUGAACCCUAAGGAUGGCGUGGUUUUGGACUCCACUAAGCUGAUAAACGAGUGGAGUCACAUUGAUCUGCGUUCCCCGUUGUCUCACUCGCUCCACCUGCCGGUGUGGGUGGACAACGACGGGAACUGUGCUGCGCUCGCUGAGAGGAAGUUUGGCCACGGGAAGGGUGUGGAAAACUUUGUCACCGUCAUCACAGGGACAGGAAUCGGGGGCGGGGUCAUCCAGCACGGCGAGCUGAUACACGGUAGCACUUUCUGUGCCGCUGAGCUCGGACACAUUAUGGUGUCUCUGGAAGGACCAGACUGUUCGUGUGGGAGUCGCGGCUGCGUCGAGGCCUACGCGUCUGGGUUAGCGCUGCAGCGAGAGGCUAAGAGACUACACGACGAGGACCUGCUGCUGAUGGAGGGAAUGAGUGUGAACAACAAAGAACAAGUGAACGCAUCACACCUCGUACAAGCUGCUCGCCUCGGAAACAGUAAAGCAGAGGGAGUGCUCCGGACAGCUGGUCUGGCUCUUGGUGUUGCGGUUGUGAACAUCCUCCACACUGUAAACCCAUCUUUGGUGGUUCUGUCUGGUAUUCUGGCUCAGCACUAUGAGAGUCCUGUCAGAAACUUCAUCAGCCAGCACGCCCUCUCCUCUGCCAGGGAGGUGAAGGUCAUGACCUCUGACCUGGAAAGCCCCGCCUUGCUGGGUGCCGCCAGCAUGGUCCUAGACUACACCACACGCCGCACCUACUGAGAUGCAGGACACUGAUGCUGUAGGUCAAUUAGACUCUUCCUUUGUCAUUCAAACUUUCCUGAAAAUCUGGAGUUUGGGAUCAAAACAUUCAGAUGCAACACGGAUAGCCAAUCAGACGAGAGGCUCAGAGUUUAGGAGCCAAACAGAAGAGAGGCUCAGUGUCUUGUAUCCAAUCAGAAAUGAGGCAAAGAGUCUUGGAGCCAAUCAGACGAGAGGCCCAGAGUCUUGGAGCCAAUCAGACGAGAGGCCCAGAGUCUUGGAGCCAAUCAGACGAGAGGCCCAGAGUCUUGGAGCCAAUCAGACGAGACUCUCCAUGAGUCAGUGCCAAUCACACAGUCAGACACUGAGAGUUUUAGAGAGUCUUUUCUGAUUGGCUGUGAGUCUUGUAUCUUUGAGUUGAGACUCCAGUUAGUCACCAGAAUGGUGACAGUUCAUUUCAAAUCACAUGUAACACCAUGGAGCCAAUCAGAUGGCACAUACUAAGACGAGUGGCCAAUCAGAAGCCUUGUACAGUAUUAGAGAUCCCACAUAGCCUCCAUGCUUUAUUUCUUUAUUCUUACUUUUGUUGCUUUCUCUGUUAUUAAUCCUGAUGGUGUUAUUUUACUUGUGUUAGAUAUUUAUUUGUAAUUACAUGU